CUCACAGGCAACAAAGUAAAUCUAAACUGCAGAGCUCCUUCAGCCUUUUCCCAGAUACUGAAACCUGUGACAGCUGACUGAAACUACUGGACCUACAGAGGCACAUUUACUAAAAUUUCAUUCUUACACUUUUCACUGGACUUCAUUUCUGUGCCAGUUGAUGUAACUGGAAAUAAUUUCGUGCCCGGCAGUGUUGAGCGGUCGUCACACAGGCAUGCUGUCUUGCACCCUGCUGAUCCUGGGCCCUUUGUGGACCCACAGCCUGGCACAAGCCUGCCAGGGAGAUGAGCUGCCUCGGGACGUCGUGCUAACCUGGUUCAAAGAGCGGGUCCUGGAGGGCUUGGGGGUGGAGGCCCCCGUGCCCACAGUGCAGGGUCCAGAUGGGGGCAGGGCGCAGGGAGCGGCUGGGCAUCGGCACCAGCGGUCCUCCAGGAUUGGCAGGACAGCAUGGGUGAACCACAGCAAUCAGAACCAGCAAAGCUCUGAGAUUAUCCUAUUCCCCAGUUCUGAGUCUUCCUGUGCCACAUCUGACUCGACUGCAAGACCCAGCCACUUCACAUAUUACUUUCAACCUUCAAUCAACAACCAGGGGGCCUCAGUCAUGACAGCCCAUUUCUGGUUCUAUGCAGGGGAGGGCACCACAGUAAACUCCUCCACCCCGCUUUUCAUCCUCACUUCAAAGCAGCAACUUCUUCAGGCAGCAGAGGCUCCGUCAAAGACCAGCUCAGACGGCUGGACCACCUACCACCUGGAGCAGAACGUCAAGGCCUCCAUUGCCGAAGGCCCUUUUGUGGUCCAGGUCCGCUGCCCAACCUGCCAGUGUCAUGCCAACGAACCGGACAAAAUGCCUUUCCUUCACCUGCACACCCUGCUGCAGGGUCUUGACCGUUUACCCCGCCAUGCAGCAGCCACCAUUCCCUGGUCACCAUUUGCAAUCAACCUGCUACAGCGUCCAUCUCAGGAGAAACCAGAGUACAGCGACUGCCACCGAGAGGAGAUUGACAUCAGCUUUGAGGAGCUGGGCUGGGGCAACUGGAUCGUCCACCCCAAGGUGUUGACUUUCCACUACUGUCAUGGUAACUGCUCAGCCUGGGAUCGCACCACCGCCAUGCUGGGGAUCAAGCAGUGUUGCGCUCCAGUCCCGGGGACCAUGAAGUCAGUGAGGAUCACCACUACAUCUGAUGGCGGGUACUCCUUCAAGUACGAGACCCUGCCCAACAUCAUACCUGAAGAGUGCACCUGCAUCUAGGCCUAAAUAUAAAUAAUUCUUGCAUCAUACAUGGCUCUUAUAUUAAGCCAGUCAAUACCAUUUAAACAAAAAUACAUAUACUAUUCACACAAAAGAUUGUUACAUAUGUAAUCAGAAGGUAAAAUACUACUAUACUCGGCUUAUUAUUCUUAAAAAUAGUGAUUGUUUAUGUGUUUUGGCUCUCUCCUUUGGAGGGCAGUGUUGGCCUAAUUUCAGUGGUACAGAAUACUGAGUGACUUCUGGGGCUCAUGGUCACAUUAUAUCAGAUCUAUUCUUUCACCAUAUGUGAUGCAUCAAAUACAGUACAUCCAACACACACCUCCACCCUCUGCCUAGUUUGCACUCCAGCACAAUCAGGUCUUACCACUGCCACAGUUAACUGAUGUGUCCUAUUUGUACAGUGAGAGGUGUAAUGAGGGCUCAUAAAUAAACCUGCUUUACAAGAGUGCCACCUAGUGGUUUUACAUAGCAGACAGACAAACGACAGAACACAAGAAAAGUAUUCCAACCUGCUAAAACAUAGUUUACCACGAUGAUAAUAAUCUGUACGAUUAAAACACAUUUGCAGGAUGCAGUGUAUGUCAAUUAAAAAUACUAAGAACAAAAGGCUGGCAACAACCUAAGAAUAAAGUAGCACAAGUCACAGGGUUAAGCAUUUAUUUAAAACAUAUGCAUGCUAUACCCUGCACAAGAUACUAGAUUAAAAAGUAAGCACUAAUAAUGCAUUGCAGGCCAUUGUUGUAAAUACAUGGCUAAGAAAGACAUGGACAAAUCUACUGGCAGAAAGAUCCUUUCCAGCUCAUUUUAUAUAAGUGUAUUAUGUGUGUAUAUAUGUGUGCAUGUGGGUAGGUGGCACUACUAUUCAUGCAUGACCACAAGGAGGGGGUGAAAAUACACACACACACACACACACACACACACACAUAUAUAUAACACACACAAUGCAUUUUUUUUUCAUCAAUCUGGCUCUGAAGGAGGUCAUGAUUUCUGGGGUUGUCUAACUUCCUCAGACCACGGAGGGGCACGUAAUUGUUCAAAAGAAUUUGGAGCAUGAAAAUCACCAAAAUUGGAGGGAUGGUGUUUUCACCGGAUCGCGUUAGCAUGUGGAAUCUACAGGCCACCCCCACCCUUUCCUUUCUAGGACAUAUUCUAUUUUUUUUUUUUUUUUUUUUAACACGUUGGUGUCCCUUUUUCCUAGUUGCUAUACACACUGUGUCCCACUGAAAAACAGUGUCAUAUUAUGCUCAUGUUUUAUGAAAAUGUCCUUAUUUUGAUGACAAGUUUAAAAGAAAGUCACUGAAUAAAGAAAACAUCCACGCAGAACCACAAAUUUGUUUUAAAAUUUUUUACUGUCAGUUCGGGAGAGUCAAAGA